AUGUGCGAACUCUCUUGUUUGUUAACUAAGCCAUCAGCUUGCCAUUGCAAGCAAGUCCAAUCACAUUUUAAUCCGUAUACCGGGAUAGCUGACAAGAUUGCCUCCUCUUUGCACAAUGCUGGGAGCUUCGCCUGUGACACAGCACUGCCAGGCUCACCCAAUUACUGGAUAUCAGACCGAACAGUGUCAUUGCUUAAAUCUCGGAGAAAUAUCCCAGUCCUGACAAAUUAUCAGAAGUCAAGUGAAAGUGAGCGUGCCAGCCAACCAUGA